UCCUGCUCUCCCCUCCGUGUUCCCCGCCGCCGUUUCCCGUGCGCCGGGGCGGCGUGGGGCGGCACAGCGUCCCCGGGAACCCACGCGAGUUUGUGCCCACCCCCAGCAGAACCCCCCCGGUUGUGGCUCCCGACUCGUGCCCUGCAGUCCAACUCUUUGUCAUCCCCGCAUCCCUCCGCUCUGCCCGCAUCCCUCUCCGGCUGCUGUGGGCUGGGAGCCGGAGCCGUGCUGAGGGCGAGGAGGAGCUGCCCCACUCGGGAGAGUUUGCGGGAGGAAUCCCGGGGCCGCUCCGGGAGUUCCAGCCCCUCCGUUGUGUGUUUUGGUGCCAGGACACGGCUCCGUGCUGGGCACACGGGGCUGCGCUGGGAACGCUCGCAGGGUCACGGCGUGUGCCAGGGGAUGUUUGUUUGUUUGGAUGCGGAUUUGGGAAGGAAGGCUGGCUCGGGAGUCUCCAGCGCUGCCAUUCAUCACCGCCCGCUCUCGCUUUCCCUUCGGAAUUGCGCUGAGCUGGGCAGCCCGGCUGUGCCAAGGGAACGCUGCCGGCGGAGCGAUGGAGCGAGCCUGGCCCCGCGCUUCUCCUCCGCGACACCGAGCCGGAGCACAAGCAGCUCUUGCUGUCAUCCCCUCGCCGCUGGAUGGUGCCUUCGGAUACCGCAGAGCGUUUCUCUAGUUAAACACACCUUUUCUUGGAAUUCUUUUUUUUUUCCUCUAUUAGCCAAGAAAAACUUUGCAACUUUCCCUCGCUGUCGGAGAGGAGCCGCUGCCGCUGCUGCGUUUCAUUUUGUUUUUUUAAUUCGAGGUCACGUGUGCAUUGACAGCGUCUUUGAUUCCAAGCGAUGGUCUCGUCUCCAGCUUAGGAAGAGCUUUUGAGCUCUUCCCUCUGUUGUUUUCUCUCUGUUCAGGAACAAAGAGAUUUUUCUGCCUUUAAUUAAAAGGAACAUUAAUUCCCUGCUCCUUUGUCGAGCGACUUGAAGACACUCUGCAAGCGCCCGUCUGCUCGGCGCCGCGGUGGGUGAGCUGUGCCGCGGUGCAGGGCAUGGAGGAACGGGGGAGCCAGCCCAAAACCCCGCGGCACACACGGAGCAGCAGCCGCGGAGGAUGCUGACAGCCCCGGCCCUCGGAUAACGCGGAGACCGCCGCCAUGCCCGACUCGCCGGCCGACGUGAAGACGCAGGCCCGCUCCUCGCCGCCCAGCAUGCCCCCGCCCGCCGCCCAGGGAGCCUCACGCCACCCCUCCUUCACUCCCAGCACCAAUCGAGACGCUGGCCCUCCGACGUUUCUGCCUCGCGGCCGUUUUCAUGGUUGCUUGAAAUGGUCGAUGGUCUGUCUUUUGAUGAACGGGAGCAGCCACUCGCCAACUGCCAUCAAUGGGGCUCCGUCCACCCCCAACGGGUUCAGCAACGGGCCAGCCACCUCCUCCAGCGCCUCCCUGUCCACCCACCAGCUCCCUCCAGCCUGUGGUGCCCGCCAGCUCUCCAAGCUGAAGCGCUUCCUCACCACCCUGCAGCAGUUUGGGAACGACAUCUCCCCCGAGAUCGGGGAGCGGGUGCGCACCCUCGUCCUGGGGCUCGUGAACUCCACCCUCACCAUCGAGGAGUUUCACGCCAAGCUCCAAGAGGCCACCAACUUCCCGCUGCGACCCUUCGUCAUCCCCUUCCUCAAGGCCAACCUGCCUCUGCUGCAGCGGGAGCUGCUGCACUGCGCCCGCAUGGCCAAGCAGACCCCGGCCCAGUACCUGGCCCAGCACGAGCAGCUGCUGCUGGACGCCAACGCCUCCUCUCCCAUCGACUCCUCCGAGCUGCUCCUGGAAGUGGGCGAGAGCGGCAAGAGGAGGACGCCAGACAGGACCAAAGAGAACGGUUUGGACCGAGACCCCCUGCACCCCGAGCACCUCAGCAAGCGGCCGUGCACCAUGAGCCCAGCGCAGCGCUACAGCCCCAGCAACGGGCUGAGCCACCCCCCAAACGGGCUGGGACACCCCCCCGCCGGCCCCCCCCUGCCCCAGCACUACCGCCUGGAGGACAUGGCCAUGGCACACCACUACCGGGACACCUACCGGCACCCCGACCCCCGGGAGCGCCCGCGGCCCGCCGCCGUGCACGGGACGCGGCAGGAGGAGGUGAUCGACCACCGGCUCACGGACCGGGAGUGGGCCGAGGAGUGGAAGCACCUCAACAACCUGCUGAACUGCAUCAUGGACAUGGUGGAGAAGACGCGGCGCUCACUGACGGUGCUGCGGCGGUGCCAGGAGGCCGAUCGCGAGGAGCUCAACCACUGGAUCCGGCGCUACAGCGACGCCGAGGACAUGAAGAAAGGCAGCCCCCCCUCGGCACGCCCCCACAACUCCUCCUCCUCGGCCGCCGCCGAGGCUCCCCAGUUAGACGCGCACCGGGACUUCGCGCCGCGGCCGCUCUCCGGGUACAUGCCCGAGGAGAUCUGGAGGAAGGCUGAAGAAGCCGUGAACGAGGUGAAGCGCCAGGCCAUGUCCCAGCUGCAGAAGGCCGUGUCGGACGCCGAGCGCAAAGCCCACGAGCUGAUCACCACCGAGCGCGCCAAGAUGGAGCGCGCCCUGGCCGAGGCCAAGCGCCAGGCGUCCGAGGAUGCCCUCACCGUCAUCAAUCAGCAGGAGGACUCGAGCGAGAGCUGCUGGAACUGCGGGCGGAAGGCGAGCGAGACGUGCAGCGGCUGCAACACCGCACGCUACUGCGGCUCUUUCUGCCAGCACAAGGAUUGGGAGAAGCACCACCACGUCUGCGGGCAGACUCUGCAGGGGCUGCCGGGCCCCGCCGCCCCCGGGCCGGGCCAGCCCGACGGGGUGCCCGCCGUGGCCAGCAGCCCCAGCGAGGCGGGCUCGGUGGCCGCGUCCCGCGCCGGCACUCCGGCCACGCCGGCGCCGCUGGACAGCGCAUCCCGCUGAGCCGGAGCCACGGACUGACUGCACCCCGUGCAAUUUCCUCAGCUACCUGACUCGUGUGACCUCCGAAACGACCUCUCUAGCUCUCACAACUAAUCCUCACGGAUCCUCAAACUGGGCUUUAAGUGGAGUUAAGGCAAAUACCGGUCUCUGUUCUUUCUUCAGUCUUUGUUUUGGCUUUUUUUCGGUUGGUUUUCUAUCGGUUGGGGGAUUGUGGUUUGGGAUUUUUUGGGUUUUUUGGCUGUUUUUGUUUUUCUUUUUUGCUCUUUGGAUGAGGGAUUUGGCUCCAGCAUCACCAAGCAGUGCUGUGGGGUGAGACCAGCCCGAUCCCAUCGCCCAUCAGCGCUGCCAAUGGGCUCACUUGGAGGAGGAAAGAACCUUCUUUUCUUCAUAUCUCUCUUCCUAUUUUUUUAUUUUUCUUUUUACCUUUAUUUUUUUUUUUGUAAAAAAAAUAAAGAAAAUAAAAAAGAAAACGUCGGACUCUUUGGCUUUAAGUAAGAAAUUGUAAAAAAGAAAAAAAAAAGAAAAAAAAAAGAGAAAAAAUCCAAAAACCAGACGACGCGUGAAGGACGCUCACCUGUAACUACCUUGCUAGCUAGCCAAGAACAGACCAGACUCACCUCUGCUCCAAAGGAAAUCCAAAACCAAGGAAGAUCCAAACGUCUCUCCACUGCCAAAGUUCGUUUCGUUCUGUUGUCGCUUCCUUCCCCUCCCCACAAGGAUGGAUGGACAUGCCCCUGGGGCUUUAAAGAAUUUCUAUUAAAAUAAAG